AUGAGAUGGAGUCUUAGUCAUAUUCAGCCAAACAUAUCUGAAGGAAAGCUAACAUAUCAUGCAAUGCACAACAUUGUUCACAUUGAUGAGAAAUGGUUCUACAUGACAAAGACUUCAGACAGAUAUUACCUAUUGCCGGAGGAGGAUGAGCCUUACAGGUCUUGUAAGUCAAAAAGAUUCAUCACUAAAGUGAUGUUCAUGUGUGCUGUCAGUAGGCCAAUGUUUGGCAGUGAUGGGCAGCCCAUCUUUGAUGGUAAAAUAGGCAUAUUUCCAUUCACACAACAAGUGCCAGCCAUGAGGAAGUCAAAGAAUAGGCCAAGAGGGACACUAGAGACAAAGCCUAUCCCAUCAGUUAACAAAGAAGCCAUGAGAGAAUGCCUUCUUAAUCAGAUUAUACCAACAAUCAAGGCAAAGUGGCCAGCCAAUGCAAACAAGGAGAUAUACAUCCAACAAGAUAAUGCCAAACCCCACUUGAAAUCCUCUGACUUACAAUUUGAGGCUAUUGCAAGUACAGAUGGUUUUAAAUUCCAUCUAGUCAGCCAACCAGCCAACUCCCCAGAUACAAAUGUGCUAGACCUUGGCUUUUUUAGGGCCAUUCAGUCUCUGCAAGAUGACAAACUAGCCACCAAUAUAGAUGAAUUGUUAGCAAAUGUUUGGAGUUCUUUUCAGGAACUCACACCCCAGACUCUAAACAAGGUUUUCCUAACAUUGCAAAGCUGCUUAACCAAGAUCCUAGAAGUCCAUGGGGGCAACAACUACAAAAUACCCCACUUGAACAAAGAUAGGUUGAGUAGGACAGUGGGGCUGCCUACCUCACUUGAGGUUGAAGAGAUUCUGAUUAGGGACAGCUUGGAGUAUCUUCAACUUUCUCAGAAUGAUGUGGGUGGAUCAUAUGAAAUAGAACAUCUAAUCAGUGUGUUGGGAUAG